AUGGUGCUAGAGACUUUCUAUUUUGGCGCCGUGCGCGCUGGCGCCGUGCGCGCUGGCGCCGUGCGCGCUGGCGCCGUGCGCGCUGGCGCCGUGCGCGCUGGCGCCGUGCGCGCUGGCGCCUUGCGCGCUGGCGCCUUGCGCGCUGGCGCCUAUGCGCGCUGGCGCCGUGCGCGCUGGCGCCGUGCGCGCUGGCGCCGUGCGCGCUGGCGCCUUGCGCGCUGGCGCCUUGCGCGCUGGCGCCUAUGCGCGCUGGCGCCGUGCGCGCUGGCGCCGUGCGCGCUGGCGCCUUGCGCGCUGGCGCCUUGCGCGCUGGCGCCUAUGCGCGCUGGCGCCGUGCGCGCUGGCGCCGUGCGCGCUGGCGCCUUGCGCGCUGGCGCCUUGCGCGCUGGCGCCUAUGCGCGCUGGCGCCAUGCGCGCUGGCGCCGUGCGCGCUGGCGCCGUGCGCGCUCGCGCCGUGCGCGCUCGCGCCGUGCGCGCUCGCGCCGUGCGCGCUGGCGCCUUGCGCGCUGGCGCCUUGCGCGCUGGCGCCUAUGCGCGCUGGCGCCGUGCGCGCUGGCGCCGUGCGCGCUCGCGCCGUGCGCGCUGGCGCCGUGCGCGCUGGCGCCUUGCGCGCUGGGGCCGUGCGCGCUGGCGCCGUGCGCGCUGGCGCCGUGCGGGCUGGCGCCUUGCGCGCUGGCGCCUAAAGCGCUGGCGCCUAGCGCGCUGGCGCCUUGCGCGCUGGCGCCUAACGUGCUGGCGCCUAGUGCGCUGGUGCCUUGCGCUUUGGUGCCUUACGCGCUGGCGAUUAGCGCUCUGGCGCCAGGGGGCCGCGUGAGAGGCCAUGUGAGAGAGCGCGUGAAAGUGCGCGUGUUAGUGCGCAUGAGAGUGCGCACGUGA